AUGCAUCAGGUCCAGAUCCAUGAUCCAAUCCCUCCUCCAUCGUACAACAGUGACCUUGACGACCUGCGGCAAGACGACGAUGUAGAGUCAUUAAAAAAGUCGCUCCUCCGUCGCGCAGAAACCACCCAUGGCCGGCUCCCCGGUAUCAGAAAGAUCCCUCUGCCGGCGAUUGGCAUCAUUGUGCUCGUUGCCGUGGUUAAUAUGGUGGUGUGGGUGGCUGUGGGGAUUGUGUUGCAUUUCUAUCCAUCACUGGUCUCCACAGCCGCCAUUUCCUAUUCCCUUGGUCUGAGACAUGCCCUAGAUGCAGACCACAUCUCUGCUAUCGAUCUGAUGACCCGACGACUGCUCGCUACAGGACAGAAGCCCGUCGCUGUAGGGACUUUCUUUUCCCUCGGCCAUUCCACCAUCGUCGUCAUCACCUCCAUCGUCGUCGCAGCCACUGCAGCCGCCGUCUCGCAGCGCUUCGACUCGUUCAGCACUGUGGGCGGCAUCAUCGGCAGCUCUGUCAGCGCGGCCUUUCUCAUCCUGCUGGGCAUCAUGAAUGCGUACAUCCUCUACAAGCUCGUCCAGCAGAUGCGCAAGGUUCUGAAUCUGCGUGACGGCGAGGAGGCGGAAGCGUGGAAGUUCGAGGGCGGAGGGAUCCUCUUUGCGGCGCUGAAGAAGAUGUUUAAGUUGAUAGAUAGACCCUGGAAGAUGUACCCCCUAGGAAUCCUCUUUGGCCUGGGAUUCGACACCUCAUCCGAGAUUGCUCUCCUGGGCAUCUCGUCCAUCCAAGCCGCGCGGGGGACGGACUUUUGGGUGAUACUGAUCUUUCCAAUCCUGUUUACUGCCGGCAUGUGCCUCCUUGAUACCGCCGACGGUGCCCUGAUGCUGUCGCUUUAUAUCCAGCCGGCUACGAACUUUCUGCCGCCGAAGCCAGAGCAAAGGAACUCGUCUUCGCCCUCGCAUGCUGAUUGCCAUGCUGUGACCGCCAGAGAGCAACCAGCUGUUGUACCAGCCGAUCCAACUCCGACCUCAACCCCCCGCGACCCGAUCGCAUUCCUGUACUACUCAAUCGUCCUAACAACGCUGACCGUCAUCGUCGCCAUCGUCAUCGGCAUCCUGCAACUGCUGACGCUCAUCCUCAACGUGGCCGAGCCAACGGGCCCCUUCUGGGACGGCGUCCAGACGGCAGGCGACUACUACGACGUGAUCGGGGGAAGCAUCUGCGGAUGCUUUAUCGUCUUUGGGCUGCUGAGUGUGGUGCUGUACAGACCGUGGAGGAGAUGGGUUGGGAGAAAGCAAAGAUUGGGCAGCAACUGCGGAAGAAAAAUGGAUGCUGCUGCUGCCGAUGAUGAUAGGGGAACAAUCGGUCCAGAUGCAGUUGUUGGUGCCGACACGGCAGACAGCAGUGAAUCGCAUCCAGCAGCAUCAUCGUCAAUGUCUGUCCCAGUCCCUGGCAAAGACAAGCAUAAAGAGAAGAGCGGAUCGACAGAAAUUGCAAUCCGCCAGACGAAUAAUUCAUAG